AUAUUUCAGCUUAUUGAUUAGAAGCGUUUGUAUAUCCAAUAGACACGCAAUAUCCCAUUCCAUUUGGCACGCCGAAACACUCGAAGUUCUUCCAAAAACUUCGGUCACUUAUCAGUACGCCUUUGAAAAACAACGGUGAAAUGGAAUGCAGGAUCGCUAUUUUAAUUGCUGUAUGGGUUUGCGUGAGAUGUGAAAUGGAACCGAGCGAAACUUAUACGCACUCUGCUAGUUUGAGAUCUGGGAAUAUAAAACUGUAUUGGAAAUUCAACCAGACGGAUAUUAUUCUUGAGGUUGUGGGACAGACGACUGGAUGGAUCGGAAUUGGUUUUUCACCAAAUGGUGCUAUGAAAUCUGCAGAUAUUUUCGUUGGAUGGGUAAAGAAUGGAACGGUCAAAGUAACGGAUAGGCAUGCCACUGACAAUACCUUUCCCCUUCUUGAUCCUCAACAAAACAUCAACGUAUUAGGAGGAGCAGAGUGUGAUGGUUGGACAAUGUUCAAAUUUUCUCGACAACUUGCUGCUUGUGAAACAGAAUAUGACAGGGAAAUCACGGUAAGUACUCAACGGUUGAUUUGGGCGUAUGGUGAUAGUGAUCCAGCUGGAAAUGAUAUUGUUCCUCAUGAUUACCAUGGAACAAAAAGAGGUGCAGAAAGCAUGUACUUUCUACAGUCUCCAGAACGGCCUACGGAUCUUCCAGUCGGACCGGUAUAUGAAACAUUUGAUAUACUCGUUUCGGAUUUCAAAAUACCUGCAAAUGAUACAUAUUAUAACUGCAAGCUAUUUAAACUUCCCGCAUUUACGAAAAAGCAUCACAUAGUAAAGUUUGAACCAGUAAUUCAAAAAGGAAAUGAGCUUAAUGUUCACCAUAUGUUACUUUAUCGUUGUGGAGAUGUUCUGAAGAAUAAAACAGAUCUUGGAGUGGAUGAACGUUGUUAUAGUCCUAACAUGGAACAUUUUGAAACCUGCACUGUCGUUAUAGCUAUUUGGGCAAUUGGUGGUCAGGCUGUGGUUUAUCCCUACGAAGCAGGGUUUUCUGUUGGUGGAGAAAAUGAUCCAAUAUAUAUACAACUGGAAACACAUUACGAUAAUCCUAAUUUGGAGUCAGGAAUCAUCGACAACUCUGGUCUCCGUUUCACCUACACUUCAACUUUGAGAAAAUAUGACAUAGGUGUUUUGGAGACUGGGUCUGCAGUGUUUGGGCUUGACCACAUCAUACCACCUGGAGCUGAGACUUUUACAAGCAUAUCACACUGUACACCAGACUGCAUUGAUAACAGAAUGACAGAUUCUGGAGUUGAAAACAUCACUGUAGUCAAUGUCGUCCUUCAUUCUCAUCUUGCUGGACGAAAGUUAAGACUGAGACAUAUUAGAGACGGGGUUGAACUACCUUACAUCGCUAUGGAUAAUAAUUAUGACUUCAACUAUCAAGAUUCUCGAGCUUUGCAUCCACCAGUGGUUGUAAAAAACACAGACUCUUUUCAGAUGGAAUGUGUUUAUAACACCGAAGACCGAGAUACAAUCACUGAGGGAGGACUCAGUACAAUGCAAGAAAUGUGCCUUUCCUAUGUAUUUUAUUAUCCGAAACUUGACUGGGGACAUUGCGUAUCGUCAGUUACAUAUAAGUUAGUUUGGCCUUAUCUUGGAAUAAAUAUGACCGAGAUAGAACACAUAGCUGGAACCGACCCGUCACUACUAAAGUCAUACCGUUUUGUGGGCUUUUCCGAAGUAUCCGGAAAAACUGUAUUUGAAUACCUGAGUGAGCUGAAUUGGACUCAGGAAAAAAUUCAACAGUUUGAAACCUUUUACAACACAGCAAAACAUUAUGAAGUCUGUAUCCCGUUGGAUAAAAACAAAUCGAUUAUCAAGCAGUUUGAGGUAACAAACAUCUCAUCACCUUACGUUAAACCAAGCAAGACUUGCCUGCAGACACAGAAAUUACUCUCCGAAAUUGGAGAGGAUCAGAAUGUCUGCCCCUCAGCUACGACUAUUCCUUAUGAAAGUACAACAAGCGACAGCACAAUUUUGAAGUUUUCUCUGUGCUUGCCUCUCGUUGUUGCCGUCUCUAUGGUUUCGAUUAUGUUUGGAUGAAAUUCUAUUGCGGAGAAUGUCGAAGAUAGUAAUCAAUUUGUUUACAUUAAAUCUGAACUUAUUUAAACCACGUGUCCCACAGGAAAGAAGGAAUAAGUUGAGAAAACAUAAAUAGACUUUUCAAAACAAUCUUGCCCAGUCUUAUAUAACCUGAAAAUAAUGUUGUACUCGUGUACUAAUAUAUGCUAACAAAAUACAAUAAUUUACUGUCUUUUGCAAUUUUUUCAAGAUGUUUGAUAUUUUUUGAACGAUUUUAAAAAAUGUUCAAAUCAGCGUUUGUUAUCUAACGGAGUACGCAACAAACUAUGAAUUUGUUGAACUAAAUGAGUAGGUAAAUUUUUCUGGAUGUAGUAUUAUGUAUUAAUAAAUUUUGCAAAAUGAAGAA